AUGUCAGUCGAAACGAUCACUACUAUUUCCCCUACAACCAACAAGCCAAUACUCACUCGAAAUGGUAUUUCUACCUCCGAUCUUGAGCUUCUCCCGCAAGUGGCAACCGAGGCGUUCCAAAGUUUCCGCAAGACUUCCUUGGCAGAGCGACAGGCAAUUGUGAAGAAAGCUUUGAAGCUCUUGAACGAUAAGCAAGAUGUACUGGCUAAAGAACUUACUGAGCAGAUGGGCAGACCUAUUGCCUAUGGUGCGAAAGAAGUUGCCACAGCUGUAAAGAGGGGAGAAUAUCUUCUGAAGAUCAGCGAAGAUGCAUUGAAGGACACAGAUGGAGAAGCGGAAAAGGGAUUCAAGAGAUUUAUUCGCAAGGUGCCCGUGGGCCCAGUGUUGAUCCUCUUUGCGUGGAAUUACCCAUAUUUGAUCCUGGUCAACUCCCUCAUUCCCGCCAUCCUAGCUGGGAACUCAGUUAUACUUAAGCCUUCCCCACAGACUCCAACCAUCGUGGAGCAUAUAUCCUCCAUCUUCACUGAAGCAGGCCUUCCUCAGAACGUCAUUCAAUACUUCCAUUGUGGCUCACCACUUAUCAUCGAAUCUAUCGUCAGGGACCCAAAGAUAGCAUUGGUAUGCUUUACUGGCUCAGUUGCUGGCGGAUUGGCAGUUCAAAAGGCAGCUGCAGACCGCCUUGUCAAUGUUGGCUUGGAACUCGGUGGAAAGGACCCUGCAUAUAUUCGAUCCGAUGUUGACAUCGCAUGGGUCGCAGAAGAAAUUGUUGAUGGAGCAGUUUUUAACUCAGGCCAAAGCUGCUGCAGCUUGGAAAGAAUCUAUGUGGAUGAGACGAUCCAUGAUAAAUUCGUCGAAGCCGUGCAAGGCGUCUUGAAGGGCUACAAACUUGGCGACCCAUUUGACAAGGAAACACAUGUUGGUCCUGUUGUCUCGAAGCGUUCGAAGGAGAUGAUCGAAGCUCAUAUCAAGGACGCACUGGAGAAAGGGGCUAAAGAUGCGACGCCAGACAACGCUUCAUUCAACUCACCUCCUUCAGACGGCAAUUUCGUUAAACCAACUCUUCUCACAAACGUCGAUCACCAUAUGACGGUCAUGACAGAGGAGACUUUUGGCCCUGUAAUUCCAGUUAUGAAAGUCAAGAGUGACAAAGAAGCGAUCAAACUCAUGAAUGAUAGCGAGUUUGGUCUGACUGCUUCUAUCUGGACGAAAGACACGGCGAAAGGUGCGGAACUCGCCGAGUCCGUCGAGGCAGGCACCGUCUUUGUCAACAGAUGCGACUACCCAAGCCCAGAUCUUGCAUGGACCGGUUGGAAGAACUCAGGAAAAGGCGUCACCCUGAGCAAAUUUGGAUUCGAUCAAUUUGUCAAGCUGAAGAACUUCCACGUCAAGGAUUAUCCUAAAUAA